UGAAUUAAACCAAUAAAUCUAUCUAAAUCCACUUCCCCUUCUUUAAAAAUCACACUAUUUCCAUGAUUCCAAAAAGCCUAGAUUAUUGAUACCCACAAUAACCAUUCCCAUUUUUUCUCUUCCAUGCUGAUGCUAACAAGGGGAAUGGUGUUUGAAGUGUUCUAUUGUCUACAUAGCUAGCGCAAGUGAUAAGCCCCUCCAUUUGUAUUGACCUUUCAUUUCCCUUCUCCCAACUCAUUCGAAGCCAAGCCUUCAUUCAAUCAGGUAGGAUCUUGUUCUGAGCGAUGACCAUGUUGAAAGGCGAUUGCAGUAGCUUUCUACUGAGACAACCCGGUUCACACUUCUUCAGCUCCAUCACCAGCAAUGGCAACAGGAAGAACACGUACUGGAAGCCUCCACAAGCAGCUGAGAGACUUGAUUCUCAUCUCCCAAUGAGCAGCUCAGUCAUACAAAAUAGGGCAUCCAUGGAGGACCUAAGGAGUCUGAGAUUUGCUACCGCAGUUAAAACUCCAUACCUACCUAACGGCCGGUUUGAUCUUGAAACAUAUGAUAACUUGGUGAACAUGCAAAUAUCCAAUGGCGUCGAAGGCAUUCUUGUUGCUGGCACUACUGGUGAAGGCUAUUUAAUGACCUGGGAUGAUCAAAUAAGUCUUAUUGCCCACACUGUCCAAUCUUUUGGUGACAAAGUUCAGGUUAUUGGAAACUCUGGAAGCAACUGCACAUCAGAAGCCAUCAAGGCCACCGAGCGGGGUUUUGCUGCUGGAAUGGAUGUUUCCCUUCAAAUAAACCCUUACUAUGGCAAAACAUCCACGGAUGGUUUGGUUGCUCACUAUAACAGUGUGCUUUCCAUUGGCCCUGUGAUCAUAUAUAAUGUGCCUACAAGGACAUCUAGUGAUAUUCCUCCUAGUGUGAUUGAAAUCUUGGCACAGAAUCCUAACCUGGUUGGUGUGAAGGAAUGUGUGGGAAAUGAUAGAGUGAAAAAGUACACAAAUGAAGGACUUGUUGUGUGGACUGGGAAUGAUGAAGAAAGCCAUGAAGCUCGGUGGGAGUGUGGUGCUACUGGAGUUCACUCUGUUGCGGGAAACCUGGUUCCCGGUUUGAUAAGGAAACUCAUGUUUGAGGGUAAGAAUCCUUCAUUGAAUUCAAAGCUGAUGCCUCUUUUUGAUUGGCUUUUCCAUGUGCCAGUCCCUGUUGCUUUGAACACUGCACUUGCUCAACUUGGGGUUAUCAAGCCAGUUUUCAGGCUUCCCCAUGUGCCUGUCCCUGUGGAGAAGAGGGUAGAGUUUGUGAAUUUGGUGAAGGAGAUUGGCAGAGAGCAUUUUGUUGGAGACAAAGAUGUUCAAGUUCUUGAUAAUGAUGACUUUAUCCUAGUUAGUCGAUAUUGAUUUAGAUUAUCUUUUUCAAGUCUUACAUUUGCUGUUGGAUUUUUGUACUUGUUCAAGGUUUACCCAUGUUGUGUUUCAAAUCAGGUUUGGUUUCUUUUGGUCA